CCGGCUACCGCCAAUCAAAGAACACGUAAGCAAUCAACACGUGAACGAAUCGUUUGCGCAUUAUCAGUAGCGUAACAAAUUAUCAGCAUUGCUCCCCGAAGGUUUUAAUUUCGAAGUUCGAACGGAUAAAUAGAACAUUACAUUUUAAUAUACAAUAAUAAUUAUAAAACAAUAUAAAACUUGACAGUUGACAUCGAGUUAUUCGAGCUGUGAACAGGUUAAAUGUUUCUCCUCUUUACGACUAUACCACAACGGCCAAAAUGAUACCGUUGAAUAUGAAAUCACUGAUCGGACUUUUAUUUUUGUCGUACGGCAUCUGUUUGGUGAAACCGAUCGAGUUGACUUUUGAACUCCAGGACAAAGCAAAGGAUUGUUACUACGAGAACAUACAGAAAAAUACUUCCACCACGCUGGAGUACCAAGUCGUCACUGGAGGUCAAUAUGAUGUCGACGUGAUAAUCGAGUCCCCGACCAGAGAAAUUCUAUACAGACAAGUGAAAUCGCAAUUAGACAGCCAUACCUUUGUAGCAGCAGUUAGUGGACCAUAUGCCAUUUGUUUUAGUAAUGAGUUCUCGACAUUCUCGCACAAGAUCGUGUACAUGCACUUACAAGUUGGCGUGGAAGACCCACUUCCCGGUAUAGGAGAACAAGUGGCUGUUAUGACUCAGAUGGAAACAACGUCGCAAGAUAUUCAUGAAUAUUUAAACAAAAUUAUCAACUAUCAAACUCAUCAUAGAUUAAAAGAGGCUCAAAGCCGUAAACGUGCUGAAGAUCUGAAUCACCAUGUAGCGUUAUGGUCAGUUACAGAAACUAUUGCAAUAUUAUUAGUUGCCAUUGCGCAAGUCUAUAUGUUGAAAAGAUUUUUUACAGAAAAAUCCCCUACACAAGUCUUUUACACGUCAAUGUAUUAAAACUAUUAGGUUGAAAAUAAAUAA